UGAAAUCAUGUAGUCGAAAAAAUAAGUCACUGAACUUUCUAAUAAUGGUUUAAAAAAUUUAGAUGAUUUAAAAGAUUAAUAUAAUGAUUAAGUGGAAUAAUUAAAAAGCCAAAAUUUAAAACUAAAUACUGAAUUAUAAUAAUUUAUUGAAAAAAAUAAAUAGGAGAAGUCCGAACUUAAAUAAAAAUAAGCUCUUUUAUAAUAAGAGAAAGGAUUUAUUGAAUCAGAAGUAGAAGAUUUAAAAAAAUAAUUAGUUGAAGUAAAAAAAGCACAUGAAUCUACUUUAUCAGCUUUGGAAUUAAAUUCUUAUAAUAAUAAUGAUACUGUUUAAAAUAAAUAAUAUUUAUAAUUAAAGGAAAGUCAUUUGUAGUAGAUGAAAUAAUUGGAAAUUGAAAGUGCAAAUAUUAAAAAGACUUUAGAAAAUUAAAUUGAAAAUUUAUAAAAGGAAGUUUAGGAAAGUGAUAUGAAAUAAAAAUUGUAUAUACAUGAAAGUGAAAUUAAAAUUUAAGAUUUAAGUUAAUAAUUAAAUGAGAGUAGAAAUUAAAAAAACAUUAUAGAAUAAAAACUUAAGGAAACUGAAGGUAUGCUUAAUUUAAAUUCGAAAGAUAUGGAAAAAAAAUUCGUUUAGAAAAUUAAGUAAUUGGAAGAAAAUAUAGAAAAUAUUAAAGAUAGGUCUUAAAAUGAACUAAGGGAAAAUUAAUAUAAGUAUGAAGAAACACUUUAUUAACUAAAAAAUAUGUUUGAAAUUGAAAGAGAAACUUUAGAGAAGAGAUUACUUGAUGAAAAAGACAAAAGAGAAAAAGCUUACAAUUCGUCAGUUGAAGAAUAUGAACAAAAAUUGAUUGAUGAAAAAGCAUAAUUAGAAGAAGAAAUAGAUACACUUCGUGAAGAUAUUAAAGAAUAUGAAAUUUAAGUUAUUAAUAUGUAAGGAUAAUAUGAACAUGAAUUAGAAAUAAAAUAGAAAAGUAUUGAAAAUUUAGAAAAGAGUUUAAAUGAGACUAAAUACUAAUUAUAAUAAUUAUAAUAAACAUAUUAAUAAUAAGUUGAAUAACUAACAAAUUAAUAUAUUACUGAAAGGAAAGAUUUAUAAUUAAAAUAUGAAUAGACAUAAAGAACUUUAUAAAUGAGUGAAAGUUCUAAUUAAAAUUUAAGUUAAAAAUUAGAAAAUUCAGAAAAGAAUUAUGAAAAUAAAAAGAAGGAAUUAAUAUAAUUAAAGGAAGAGUUUACUUAAUAAAAAUAAUCUUUAGAGGAAAAAUGGGAAGAAAUAAAUAAAAAAUAUUAAUAGGUAUAAGACGAGUAUUUAUAAACGAAGAUUAAUUCAGAAAAAACUAUGGCUUUAUCAGGUUAAUAGAAUGAAUUUUAUCAUAAGAAACUAUAGGAAUUAGAAAAAACAAUAGAGUAAUCUUCUUAAAGAUAUGAAGAAAGACUUAAGGCUUAAAAAAAUGAGUGGACGAAAGAAACGAAUGAUAAAAUAUAAGCUUUGAAUGAAGAAAAGAUUAUUCUUGAAUAAAAAAUUAUUAGUAUUAAGAAAUAUAAUAAAGAAAAUGAAUCUAAUGCUUAAAAAAUAUUGGCUGAAUUGGAAAAAGAAAAAGCCAUUUAUUUAGAAAAACAAUAAUUUUUGGAAUUAAGGCUAAAAGAAAAUGAGGAAAAAUACCAAAUAGAAACUGAAUAACUAAAAGACCAAUUAUUAAAGGCUAAAGAAUUCACUUCUUAAGAAAAAAGAUGUUUAAUAUAAGAAAUAGAAAAAUUAAAAUCAUAAAAUGUGCUUUUAGAUAAUGAAAAACAUGAACUUAAUACUUCUUAUGAAAGAGAUAAAGUACUCUGGGAAGGGAAAUUUUCAUUCCUUAAUUAAUAAAAGGAAUAGGCUAAAUCUGAUCUUUUGGAAGCCCAAAAAAAAUUCGAAUAAACACUUACUCAUUUAUAAAAAUAAAGAUAGGCGGAAAAAAACGAGAGGGAAUAAGGAGUUUCGGAUAUGCUUAAUUAAAUAGAAAGGAAAUAUUAAACAUAAUUUAAUGAAUUAAAUGAAAACUAUAAUCAAAAAUUGUAGACUGCAAACCUUAAAAUAACUAAAUUGGAAGCCGAGUUAAAAAAUAAUGUAGGAUAAGCACUUUUUGAAAGUAGAUAAAAAAAUUCUAGUGCUAUUUUUACUGAAAAAAGACUUACUGAGUUGUUGGAAAAUGAAAAAAAAUAUUAGCUUGAAAUCGAGAAUUUAAGAAAAGAAAAAGAAUAUGAAAAAAAUGAAGCUUAAAAUAAAAUUGAUAGUGAAAAAGAUAUUUAUAAAUAGAAAUUAAAUACUAUUGAGGAGAAAUUUAGAGAAGCUGAAAAAAAAAGAAAUCUUUUAAUUUUUGAACAUGAAAAAGAAAGGGCAAAAUGGAAUUUAGAAAAAGAUCAUUUAAUAAAUCAAAAAAAUGAAAUAUUAGAAAAUCUUAAUAAACUUGAAAAAAAGAAAGAAAUUUUGUUAAGAGAAAAUGAAAGAUUGAAAACUGAUACAAGGCAAUCAAGAAGAAGUAAAUUUAUUCAAUGGAUAGACUAUAGGGUUCGAGUGACUAUUUUAGAUGGUAGAAUGUUGGUCGGAACAUUUCUUGCAUUUGACAAACAUUUAAAUUUAGUUAUUAGUGAAACUGAAGAGUUCAGACCAAUAAAACCCAAAAAAAAAGGUGAUCCUGAAAGAUAAACUAAAAGAAUUUUAGGAUUAGUUAUAAUAAGAGGCGAAAAUAUAAUUUCAAUAAAUGCUGAAGCUCCUCCAAAUUAGCAAGUAAAUAUUGUUAAUUUUUUUUAUCUUUUUAUAUAUUUAUUUUAAUAGAGUAGAAAAGUAGAUACUAGUACUGUAGGACCUGGAUAAGCUUAACCAAUAUAAAGAAUGGUAUAAAUUCCUCCUAUGUAAGGAAAUAUAGAUAGACCUCCAAUGAUGAAUAAUAUGCCACCAAAUUAACCUUUUAUGUAAAUGAUGUAACAACCACCACCUCCUUUAUAAGGAAUGUCUAUGCCACCAAAUAUGGGAUAACCUAACUUAAGACCUCCUGGUUAAUUAUGAUGAGGAUUAUUUAAUUUUUUAAGAUUUUGUAUAUGAAUUAAUGUUAAAUCAGAUUAGGGAUUAUUAAUAAAUUUUAUUAUUUUUUCAUAUUUUUAUA